CUGCCCCUCCUCAGGCCCGGGAAAACUCGUCUCAGAUGAGAGACCCCAGAAGACGUCCGCAGGGGGACUGGGUGGGGGCCUAGAGAAUGAGGAACAGUUCCUGGGCCCUCCCCCAGCUGCAGACCUCAGCUGGGUGCGGCAAGGACUCAAGAGUCCUCCUCAAACACAGGAGUCCAGGCCACAGCCCUCUUCCAUCAGACCAGUUUGAGUGUCCCUGCUCCUUGAGCCGCCUGACUGCAUCCUCCCACCCUAGGCUCACUGCAGCCAUGUCGCUCCUCCUGCUGAUGGUCUCUGCCCUUCACAUCCUCAUUCUCAUCCUGCUGUUCGUGGCCACCUUGGACAAGUCCUGGUGGACUCUGUCAGGGAAGGAGUCCCUUAACCUGUGGUACGACUGCACGUGGAACACCACCACCAAAACAUGGGACUGCAGUAAUGUCAGUGAGAAUGGCUGGCUGAAGGCGGUGCAGGUGCUCAUGGUGCUGUCCCUCAUCCUCUGCUGCUUAUCCUUCAUCCUCUUCAUGUUCCAACUCUACACCAUGCGGCGAGGAGGACUCUUCUACGCCACUGGCCUCUGCCAGCUUUGCACCAGUGCAGCCGUGUUCUCAGGGGCGCUCAUCUACGCCAUCCGCGCUGAGGAGAUCCUGGCGGCCAAGCACCCGCCUGGCGGCAGCUUCGGCUACUGCUUCGCCCUGGCCUGGGUGGCCUUCCCCCUUGCCCUGGUCAGCGGCAUCGUCUACAUCCACCUCCGGAAGCGGGAGUGACCGCCGCAUUUACCUACUUUUCUAAUAAACCCGUUUAACCGCGAAA